GGCUCCCUCCCUGACUUCAAUGCAAGGGUUGCUGACAAAGGCCGUGGAUAGGGUCGUGGAAGUUACGGAGGAAGCAUCGAACACUAAACCUGUGCCGGUGCUCGCCAUUGUUCAGCUUAUGAUUGAGGUAACCAAGCGGCAGGAGCAGGAAGAGUACAGCAAUAAGGUUGCAGCUCCGGCGAACCUGGCUCCCGGAGAUCACACAGCAGAUGUGGUGAGCCCGGCUCCUGCAGAAUAUGUCGGGGCUGCAGCUGUGGUGAAUUUGGCUCCUGCAGGAUAUACAGCGGCUGUACCUAAGGUGACGUCUCCAGUGCAUCCUGCUGGCAAGGAGGACAAGGAGGCACCUGCAGCAUCCCCACCCGAAGAAGCCCCACCUUUUGAGGCGGGCGAGGAGGUUGGAGACAGCAUCAAGCGCAUCUUCAAGAACCUGUACGACAAGAAAUACUUCUGUGAGCUCUGGAAAUACGUGCUGAAGGCGGUUAGAAGUGACAGUUAUAAGCUGACCGCUAUAAUGCUGGACCUCAUCUGCAAGGAGUACCCCAGGAUGCUGGUGCACGUAUCCGGGGCCUCCAUGACCCACCUCAUUUGCCACUUCCCCGACUUCUUCCACACACUGCUGUACAAGUUGCAGGACGUGUCGGUCCAGGACGUUGUUGGCUUCAUUAACUCCUUGACGAACGAUGUGGUCCAAGCGAAGUAUGAUACAAGUUGCCGCAUCUACCAGGAGCUGGUGGAGGGACUUCGAAAGGUGAACAAUAGGGUGGUAACUGCACUUUUCGAGAAUGCGCGCCAAGAUCUGCUCGACGACAUGGCAAGGCUCCCCCCCUUUGAGAACUUUGUCAUGCUCAUCGUGGACAAGCGGAAUGACAACGUGGUGGGUGCGUAGAUGGGUCGCAGUUCAUGCAACAGUUGUUGGGGCAGCACAGUGGAAGCGGAUAGGUGGCCAUGCAUGUGUUUUCUAUGGUCAUUGCGGGUAAUAAGCGGACUAUGAAAGGGGGCUGGGUGGUGGCUUCUAACCGCGCGGACAACAGGGUUAUUUGGCUGCCGUGCAUGCAAUCCCAGACGGUCUCCCAAUCCUCCCAAAUUCGGUGAGGAGCGGUGAGGAACUACUCCAAGC